GGAAGCGGGAGUGUGUUAAGAAUAACUGAUUACGUUUGGCUCGCGGAGGCCUAUCAGGUGAGGACCUGGCACCCACAGCCAGCGCUGAGUCUACAACUUCGCCUGAGAGGUGUUCCGGCCGCGCUGGGGUCGUUCUGGAGGCGGCUGAACCGGCCGCAGCUUCUGCCAUGGUUUCGCCCGCUGUGUUGCGCGCUCUGCGUAAGAACAAGACCCUUCGCUACGGAGUUCCCAUGUUGUUGCUGGUUGUUGGAGGUUCUUUUGGUCUUCGGGAAUUUUCACAAAUCCGAUAUGAUGCUGUGACAGUUAAGAUUGAUCCUGAAUUGGAGAAAAAAUUGAAAGUGAAUAAAAUAACUUUAGAGUCAGAAUAUGAGAAAAUAAAGGACUCCACUUUUGAAAACUGGAAGAAUAUUCGAGGUCCAAGGCCUUGGGAAGAUCCUCAACUCCUCCAAGGACGAAACCCAGAAACUCUUAAGCCUAAGACAACCUGACUGUGCUCUGUUUUUGUCUUUCAAUGGAAUGUUCUCACCUCUAUCUGUAGGAAGAAGAUUUCAGACCUGUGGAAACCUGGAUGGGAAUAAUGUAAUGACAGAAAUUUUUGAUUAAAUAUAAGUCAAAUAUAA